AUGGCAAUUUCAUGUCGUUUGUGGAUUCCCAAUGGCAAUCGUGGAAGGGGCGCUGGGGGCGCAGGCGGGCGCGGUGCCCGGGGCCGCGUCCGCGGGGGUCUGAGUGACACUUUGAGGCGGGACAUCACCCCCACAUGGGUCGAGACGCGGACUAGCCGUCCACCCGUCCUACCUGCCCAUCCGCGUCUACCCGCGUGUACGACGGAAUUCUACGCUUCCAUCGGAAAGGCAGGCGGACGCUCCGUCUGCAACAACGUGGAAAGGUCUGGAAAACUGAAUAGGAAGUGGAGUAAGCCGGAUCCAUGGAAGCAACGGGGGCCGGCUUCCGGCCCUGGCGGCUUCCGGCCCUGGCGGCUUCCGGCCCUGGCGGCUUCCGGCCUGGCGGCUUCCGGCCCUGGCGGCUUCCGGCCCUGGCGGCUUCCCGCCCUGGCGGCUUCCCGGCCUGGCGGCUUCCGGCCUGGCGGCUUCCCGCCCUGGCGGCUUCCGGCCCUGGCGGCUUCCCGCCCUGGCGGCUUCCGGCCCUGGCGGCUUCCCGCCCUGGCGGCUUCCCGCCCUGGAGGCUUCCGGCCCCAGGCGGCUUCCAUCCUUGGCGGCUUCCGGCCCUGGCGGCUUCCCGCCCUGGAGGCUUCCGGCCCUGGCGGCUUCCCGCCCUGGCGGCUUCUGGCCCCAGGCGGCUUCCGGCCCUGGCGGCUUCCAUCCUCGGCGGCUUCCCGCCCUGGAGGCUUCCCGCCCUGGAGGCUUCCGGCCCCAGGCGGCUUCCAUCCUUGGCGGCUUCCGGCCCUGGCGGCUUCCGGCCUGGCGGCUUCCAGCCCUGGCGGCUUCCGGCCCUGGCGGCUUCCGGCCUUGGCGGCUUCCGGCCUGGCGGCUUCCGGCCCUGGCGGCUUCCGGCCCUGGCGGCUUCCGGCCCUGGCGGCUUCCGGCCCUGGCGGCUUCCGGCCUUGGCGGCUUCCGGCCCUGGCGACUUCUGUCCCUGGCGGCUUCCAGCCCUGGCGGCUUCCAUCCUUGGCGGCUUCCGGCCCUGGCGGCUUCCGGCCCUGGCGGCUUCCGGCCCUGGCGGCUUCCGGCCCUGGCGGCUUCCGGCCCUGGCGGCUUCUGGCCCCAGGCGGCUUCCGGCCCUGGCGGCUUCCGGCCCUGGCGGCUUCCAUCCGUGGCGGCUUCCGGCCCGGGCGGCUUCCGGCCCUGGCGGCUUCCGGCCCUGGCGGCUUCCCGCCCCGGCGGCUUCCGGCCUUGUGGCCCCUUGGAUCCAGGGUCCCCAUCUCGCCCGCACCCCACCCCGAGCCUGAGCCGGGCUGGUCCUGGCGAGGCCCCUGGCCCGGAGCCCUGGCAGCGCCGCGGGGCCCUGCGCCUCCGCCCCCGCGGGCCCCCGGCCUUCGGGCCCUGCCUGCCUGCGUUCCGCCCCCAUCUGUGUCUCCAUGGGGUCCAUGGGACCUCGAGCCCUUUCCCGGCUCCAGGGAGGCCCCGCCGCGCGCCAGGGGACAGGCCGGCACCGCGCCCCGGUGUGCAGAGCCCCCGGUGCCCGGUGUGCAGAGCCCCCGGUGCCCGGUGUGGAGAGCCCCCGGCGCCCGGUGUGCAGAGCCCCCGGUGACCCGGUUGGGAGAGCCCCCGGUGCCCGGUGUGGAGAGCCCCCGGUGCCCCGGUUGGGAGAGCCCCCGGUGCCCGGUGUGGAGAGCCCCGGAGCCCGGUGUGCAGAGCCCCCGGUGCCCCGGUUGGGAGAGCCCCUCGGCCCCGGUUUGGAGAGCCCCCGGUGCCCGGUGUGGAGAGCCCCCGGUGCCCGGUGUGGAGCCCCCGGUGCCCCGGUUGGGAGAGCCCCUCGGCCCCGGUUUGGAGAGCCCCCGGUGCCCGGUGUGGAGAGCCCCCGGUGCCCGGUGUGGAGAGCCCCUCGGCCCCGGUGUGGAGAGCCCCUCGGCCCCGGUUGGGAGAGCCCCCGGUGCCCCGGUUGGGAGAGCCCCCGGUGCCCGGUGUGGAGAGCCCCCGGUGCCCGGUGUGGAGAGCCCCCGGCGCCCGGUGUGGAGAGCCCCCGGCGCCCGGUGUGGAGAGCCCCCGGCGCCCCGGUUGGGAGAGCCCCCGGUGCCCGGUGUGGAGAGCCCCCGGUGCCCGGUGUGGAGAGCCCCCGGUGCCCGGUGUGGAGAGCCCCCGGCGCCCGGUGUGGAGAGCCCCCGGCGCCCGGUGUGGAGAGCCCCCGGUGCCCCGGUUGGGAGAGCCCCCGGUGCCCGGUGUGGAGAGCCCCCGGCGCCCGGUGUGGAGAGCCCCCGGCGCCCGGUGUGGAGAGCCCCCGGUGCCCCGGUUGGGAGAGCCCCCGGUGCCCGGUGUGGAGAGCCCCCGGUGCCCGGCAUGGAGAGCCCCCGGUGCCCGGUGUGGAGAGCCCCCGGUGCCCGGUUGGGAGAGCCCCCGGCGCCCCGGUUUGCAGAGCCCCCGGCCCCGGCUUAG